AUGGGCUUUCUUCUGGCGGACGCCGGUUACGAUGUAUGGCUGGCCAACCUUCGAGGAACGCCGUACGCACGACAACACCUUCAGCUCACUGAGCAAGAUACGGAAUACUGGAACUUCGGGCUCGACGAAAUGGGGCUCUACGACAUCCCAGCGCUGGUCGACUACGUUCUCGCCUGGACGGGAUGGAGCGAGCUCUUCUACGUGGGAUUCUCGCAGGGCAACGCGGCCGCCUGGAUCACACUGUCGGAGAAGCCGGAAUACAACGCCAAGAUUCGGCUGCUGCUUGCGUUGGCGCCCAUUGGCAACGUGACUCACCUGAGGAGCCCAGCUAGACGCAUCACGCCUUGGUCUCCAAUUCUUACGGCGGCCCUGGUGAAGCUGAACCGCGGCCGAGUGUUGGUGCGCGAGCCUAGCCUACGGUACGCGUCGUACACGAUGUGCGACACGACAACGCACAUGCGCUACCUGUGCUCCACGCCCGGGUUCCACUUCCUUGGCGUCAACCACGCCCAGCUGAAUGUGUUCAUGGAGACAAGAUUACCGGUGUAUAUGUCCCAUUACCCUUCUGGCGCUUCUCAGAAGAACAUGGAGCACUUCUUUCAGAUUAGGAGAGCGAAGCAAUUCCGCAAGUACAGCUACGGCGUAUGGGGCAACCUCGAGCGCUACGGUCACCCCGUGGCACCCACUUACGACUUGUCGCGCGUCAGGGUUCCUGUGGCCAUGUUCUCCAGCCUGGCCGACUACCUGGCGCCACCAGAAGACGUGGCCGCCCUCCGUGCCAACUUGUGGCACGUGCUGGUCUACGACUACGUAGUGCCGGACCCUAACUUCUCUCACCUGGACUUCGUGCUCGGCUUCCGAGUCUACGAAAUCCUGUACAAGCCCAUGCUGGAACUACUUGACGUGUGGAGUCGAGACUACCUCGUAGUGUAAAAAUACAUCCCACCGUGAACUUCAUUAACAAGGCAUCCCACCGUGAACUGAAGUGGACACCUCGCUGGUGUGUUAGAAGAGUGAUACCAUUCGUAUCUACCAGUGGGAAUGCUCUGCGU